GCACCAGACAUAAGAUUUAGAAGCAAGUCACAGAGGAGACGAUCAGUUGAAAAUUGGAAUCAAUUAAAGGAUGAUAAAGGGAGUAAUCGUAAUGAACGAUAAGGGCAAGCCUCGUCUUGUCAAAUUCUACGAUUAUCAUCCUGCAGAGAAACAACAAGAGCUUAUUCGAAGAAUUUUCGGAGUUUUAAGCAGUAGAGCAGAGAAUGUAAGCAACUUCGUCAAGGUUGAUUCCCUCUUUGGAUCAGAUACUCGGCUUGUAUACAAGACUUAUGCCACACUACAUAUUGUAUUCAUAUUUGAUAGCUCCGAAAAUGAGCUUGCAAUGCUUGAUCUCAUGCAAGUUUUUGUCGAGGCAAUGGACAAGUGUUUCAGCAAUGUACGUGAACUUGAUAUAGUAUUCAAUUUUAAUAAGGUGCAUGCUAUAUUAGAUGAGAUUAUUUUGGGAGGUCAAGUUCUUGAGACAAAUUCUUCAGAAGUGGUGAAGGCAGUUGAAGAAAUCUCUAAAAUGGAAAGGGCUGCAAAUUCAUUCAUGGGAGUUCCAUCAAUAAGUGGCUGGCAAGGUCGAUAGCACACGUUUGACUGUGGUUACGGGUUCGAGCCGUGGCUUCCGCUGAUGCUUGCAUUAGGGUAGGCUGCCUACAUCAAAUCCCUUAGGGUGCGCCCUUCCCCGGACCCAUCGUGAAUACGUGAUGCUUCGUGCACUGGGCUGCCCUUUUUAUUCAAUUCUAUGCGUUUUAAUUAGCAUAUCAUGUCAGCUAGUGAUGAGUCCACUAGUUUCGUAAAUUAGAGUCGAUCUUCCUUUUCCAUUUCUUCUAGUUGUUUGAAUUAUCUGAAAAAAAUUCAGCCUAUGAAUGUGGUUUCAAUCAUCCUGAAGAUGCCAAAACACCAUAUAGCUUUUCUAAGAUGCACAUUGUAAUCUCAAUUAGCAUAUGGUACUGACAGUGCUCGUGCUGCAGGCUGAUGAGUUAUUUAAAUCGAGCACAUGCAGCCAUUUUGGAUAAGAAGAAUAGCAAGUAUACUAUUGCCAAACUUAUGAUUCCUUAACAGGUGUUCUCUAAGACGGUGUUUCUUUAGCUUGUUUAAAGUUUGUGCUGCUACCUUCUAGUUUUGAGAGAAAGAGGGUAAGCUUGCAUUUAAUGAAAAUCUCCAGAUAGAAAAUUGGAGGAAGAAAUUUAUGACUUUUAUUGAUAUUGUUAGUGAUUCUGGUGAGCUAAGUGGAAGGAAUUGUUUCUGAUGAAUUGAGAAUAUUGUUCUCUCAACUUUCUCAUUUCUUUGAGUGAAUGCUAGUCAAGCUAAUGACACCAAUCCAACAAUAGUUUUCGUUCUA